CUGCUGUGGGUGCCUCCAUGCCUCCCUAUUCUCCCCCCCCCCAGACCCGCCGCCACGCUGGCGCUGCGCUGCAUGGAUGGGGUUUUCCUCUCGCCCAACGAGGAUGAGUUCGUGGGCAGGAUCACGGAGGAGCUGGAGCGCUUCGUGCUGCAGGGGCAGCUCCACAGUGUGCUGCUGUUCCCUCCCCUGUCCAGCCGCCUCAGGUACCUGAUCCAUCGGACCGUGGACAGCAUGGAUCUGUUGAGCAGCUUUUCAGUGGGAGAAGGCUGGAGGAGGAGGACGGUGAUCUGCCACGCAGCUGUAAGGCUGCCCACCGAAACCAGCGACCAAAAACCCAGCACCAACCCCCUGAGACCAGCCCGGGCUCCACAGCCGUGGGGCCGGGGGAGCCGAGGGGGGCGGCUGCGGCACCCUGGGGACGUGCAUGGGGACAGCCCUCGAGCCGCCGUGGGCUCCGGCAGGAUCAGGAGGCCGCCCAGGAGGAAGCCGGAUAAAGCCCUCUACGUGCCCAAGGCGAUGCGCAAGAGGGAGGAAUGGGGCGAGCAGGAGAACCCGGCGGCUGCUGGCAGGGAUGUGGAACAGGAGGAAGAGACCUGCCCCAAAGAGACUGCCCAGGAGGAGCUGGGCAGGCCUGAAGGAAGCUCAGGUGAUGUCUCCUUGGCCUUUGGUGAGCAGGAGGAGCCUGGUGAAGGGUGCGUUCCAGGAGAUAGUAAUGCUGAGCGUCCCCCGUGUCGUAGGGAUGUCCUGUUGUUACAGAGCAACAAGGAUUUCUCUGGGCAGGAAGGUCAGGAUAAAGACUGUUCAGAUUCCCUUUCUUCUGUACACAGUAAACCCCCAGCUGAAGCAGAAGAGCAAGAUCUGAGCUGUGGUAACAGUGUUACACCAGAAGGCACCAAAAUCCUCUGCCAGGUGCAAGCUGAAGACCAAAGCAGCCGGAAUGCCGGUGUAUCGGAGUGUGCCAAAACCUCCUCCCUUACAGCCAGUGACUGCGGUGCAGACCCAGCUGAAGCAGAGUCAAGUGCAGGGUCACUGGUGCUGGAAAACCAGGAUGAGAGCCACACCACUGCCAAGGGCCUGGAGAGCAGCAGAAUCACGUCACUGCCUGAAGAACAGGGCAAGGACUUGAACGCUGGCACCGUGGAGGGAGGGAAGAGUUCCUCCAACCUGGAAAGCCAAGAUGAGUGCCCCAGCGUUGCCCAGGUGGAGCAGACCCAUUGCCAGAACCCCACAGAAGCCCCAGAUGAGCCUCUCCCUGCAGCUGAGCCCAUGUGUGGUGCUGAGCCAUCAUCUCCUGAGGACCAGACUGAGCAUGGGACAGAUGCUCCGGUUCAGAACUGCAGUGGGAAGGAGUCUGUGGUGGACGGAGAGGACAAGGAGGGUUCGUGCUUGGCCGAUGCUCUGUGGCAUGAGCUGCACUUGCCUGCAGGUGACAGAGAGGAGAACGUGGCUGUACCCAGGAGGAGCAGCCUCGAGGACGACUGUACCACAGAGCUCUUGGCAGAGAUUGUGGGUUAUUUAACUGUGAAGAGCGUAAGCAUCGAGAAGAUCAGCUUAGACUGCUCCAGCUACAGGGAUGCCCAGGUCAGCGAGGGGGAUUUUGGCCACGUGACUGAAAUCUAUGACUUCUCCCCAUCGCUGAAGACAGAGGACCUGGUGGAAAUGUUCUCUGACUUCCACGAGAGCGGGUUCAAAAUCCAAUGGGUUGAUGAUACACACGCCCUGGGCAUCUUCUCCAGCCUCUCCACAGCAUCUCAAGCCCUGGGGCGACGUUAUCCUGCUUUAAAGAUCCGACCAUUGAUCCAUGCCACGAAGCAGUCCAAAAUCAAGGCCCUUCAGCGACCAAAACUCCUUCACUUGGCAAAAGAGAGACCCCAGACGGACACAGCAGUGGCCAAGCGGCUUGUGACCCGUGCCUUGGGCCUGAAGCACAAGCAGCAGGAGGGCUCAGGCACCGACGUGCUCCUGCCAGAGAACUUGGACCAGGAGGAAUAAACCAUCUCAGCUAAAACAAAAAGCUGUAUAGACGAGCAUGGCUGUGAUAUUAAACUGCAUGCAGAACA